GAGAGCACAGACUCUCUAAAACCACUUCUCCCUCCUUCAGAGGCGUGGCUUUUGGCUUUCAUUACUCUCUCUCUCUCUAUAAGCCAUCAAGCAUACCACAAUGAAUAUGUCUGCUUCUUUGCUUGUCUUUUAUAUUUCACAUAGUGAGAGAGAGAGAGCAGGAGGACCAGAGUUCCAGUCUGUUAUGUCUUAGUUUUCUCUUUCACGUAAUCAUCCUGGCUUCCAUUAACCUCUCCUUCGCUUUAUUUACCUCUCUCCCAGCUUUUAGUACUAUUUGAAGCAGACAACAAAGAGCAAACAAUAUCAUUCAAUUUGAUACUAUUUCUUGCGUAGUACUACUGUACUUCAAGCAACAAUCUCUAUAAAGAGAGAAUAUGGAUAGAUGGGAGAAACCUCUAAGAGAUGAUAGGUAUAGACACCAAAGGGAGAGCCCAUCUUUCUCCUCUACUCUUCUUGAUGCUAUCUACCGUUCCAUAGAUGAAAAUGGAAGUGGUAAAGGAGAGGAGCAGCAGCUGAUUUACUACAGAGAAACCAUGAGAAAGAAGCAUGAGAAUAAUGGUAUUAAAGAUGGAGAAAUGACAAGUUUGCAAAGAGCAUGCAUGAUAGACAAGUGGAUGGAGAAGAAGGUUAGCUAUGAGAAGGUUGCUGUAAGGCGAAAAUCCAUGGCGGAUUUCGAGAAUAAAUCUCGAAAAGAUGUAGAUUCUGUGCUGUUAAAUUCAAGCUCGACUUCCUCAGAAUCUAGCUGUGGUGGUGGUUUUUCAUCAUCAGAAUCUGAAUCAAUUUAUGGUGUCAACUCAUCAAGAUCAUCAACAACAAGUUACACCAUGCAAAGGCCUAAGCCUAUCAGAACUAGCAUUUCUGCUAGGCCAGAGAAAUACCAAAGACGUGAAGAUCAUCAUCAAAUUGAUAUGUAUCAUAAUCAUGAGAGAAAUUAUGCACCAAACCAGAAGGCAAAACAUGAAGGCAGUUUUGUCAAGACAAAAUCGAAGGCCUUAAAGAUUUAUGGUGAUCUCAAGAAGGUCAAACAGCCUAUAUCACCCGGCGGCCGGCUUGCAAGCUUUCUCAACUCUCUUUUCACUGCAGGCAAUGCAAAGAAGGCCAAGAUUUCGACUUCAGGAGGCAGGUAUGAGGAGAGGAAGUUAAAAUCUGAGCAAGCAUCUACAUGCUCUUCAGCUUCUUCAUUUUCAAGGUCUUGCUUGAGCAAAACACCUUCUUCAAGGGGAGGGAAAUUGAGCAGCAACAACGGAGCCAAAAGGUCAGUGAGGUUCUAUCCUGUUAGUGUGAUUGUUGACGAGGAUUGUAGGCCUUGUGGGCAUAAAAGUCUAUAUGGAAGUGAUUGUCAAGAAUUGAGUAGUACUCUAGUGGCAGCUACAGUUACAACAGACACAAGAAAUAAUGUUCCCACAAGUGGUGAAGAGCUGAAGUUCCAUGUAACGAAUGAAAAUCGCCGAAUCGAGGAAGUUGCAAGGAAUCUUUUAAAGAACUAUCAAAGGAAGAAGGAAGAGCAAUUCGAUCAUAUGAGCACCGAUCUUUGCAAUGACAAUAAUCAUGAAGUCAUGUCUAGUGAUGAGGAAGAGGAAGAAGAAUCUGAUGUAGCAAGCUGUGCAAGUUCUGAUUUGUUUGAAUUAGAUAAUCUUUCUGCUAUUGGAAUCGAGAGGUAUAGAGAAGAAUUGCCCGUGUAUGAAACAACUCAUCUCGGUACUAAUCGAGCCAUUGCUAAUGGUUUAAUCCUGUAAUUCAAAAGAAAAUAAGAAACUUUAUUAGUGAAUGGUGAGGGGUUUACAUCAAAGAAUAAGAUUUCUCUUCUUUAUCUUUA